ACGCAGGAAGAGACGUGUUUUUGCGACGUGUCAGGAACUUUCAGUAGUCAACAUGGCGGCUCAGCAGGGAGAUGUUGAUGAGCUAUUCGAUGUAAAAAAUGCUUAUUAUAUCGGCAGUUAUCAACAAUGUAUUAACGAGGCGCAGAAGGUGAAGCCGUCAUCACCCGAGAAGGAGAUUGAAAGAGACAUGUUUUUGUACAGAGCGUACAUCGCUCAGAGGAAGUAUGGUGUUGUUCUGGACGACAUCAAGGCCAACUCUUCAGCUGAGCUCCAAGCCGUAAGGAUGUUUGCAGAGUUUCUGUCCAAUGAGAGUAAAAGGGAUGCUAUUGUUACUGAUUUGGACAAGAAGAUGGCGAAGAGUGUGGAUGCUGCCAACACCACCUUCCUGCUCAUGGCUGCCUCCAUCUAUUACCAUGAGACGAACACGGACGCUGCGCUCAGAACUCUGCACCAAGGAGAAAGUCUGGAGUGCAUGGCCAUGACCAUUCAGGUGCUUCUCAGUCUGGACCGUGUUGACCUGGCAAGGAAGGAACUGAAGAAGAUGCAGGAGCAGGAUGAGGACGCCACACUAACCCAGCUGGCCACAGCCUGGGUUAACAUUGCCGUGGGUGGAGAGAAGCUUCAGGACGCCUAUUACAUCUUCCAAGAGAUGUCUGAUAAGUACUCGUCUACGCUGUUGCUGCUGAACGGCCAGGCUGCCUGCUACAUGGCUCAGAACAAGUGGGAGGAGGCAGAAGGAGUGCUGCAGGAGGCUCUCGAUAAGGACAGCAGUCAUCCUGAGACGCUGAUCAACCUCAUAGUGCUGACGCAGCACCUGGGAAAACCUCCUGAGGUCACCAAUCGGUAUCUCUCCCAGCUGAAAGAUGCACACAAAGCUCACCCUUUCCUCAAAGAUUAUUUUGCCAAGGAGAAUGAGUUUGACAGACUAGCAAUGCAGUACGCCCCCACCGUUACAGCAUAGACCUUCUGUUUUCCUACAAAACUCCCUCAACAGUGGAGUUUAGGGAAAUGACCAUGAAGAUAACCCUGUUUCUCCCUGUCAUAUGUUUUUUUUAAAUGUUUUUUUUUUCCCCUUUAAAACCUUGGCUGUAUUUAAACUGCACUAAAAAUUCAUAUAUAUAUCUGCCUUCCUCCUCAAGCCCUACAAAUUUACAUUUAUUUUAGGGACAGCCGCAUUUGUUAUACAAGCAUUCCUUUGAAAUGUUAAUAAAUGAUUGGAAAAACACUGAGCGGUUGUCUUAAUAUGGGUAAAAAUCUACUUAAAUAAAUCAACUUUGAAAUA